AUGGACUUUGACCGCAACAAUGCAGAGGACAGCUGCAUAAAAAACCACCCCUAUAGAGACACCUGCUCUACCAUCAACACACAUGGCUUCAAUCCUGACGCCUCGGGAGAUCUCGAGAAACUCGACUCGCGCCAUGACGAGGAAGACUCCCAGCAGGUGCCCUCGAGUUUCCCAGAGCGAGUGGCAUCUCGUAUGUCUGCAGCAUCGACCCUCACCUUUCCCGAGGGCGGCCUGGACGGCUGGCUGUCCGUGGCGGGCUCGUUCUGCGCCAUGCUGUCCAUCUUCGGUCUCAUCAACUCGUCUGCCGUCUUCGAGUCGUACUUCUCAGAGCACCAGCUCAAGGACUACAGCUCCUCUCAGAUCGGCUGGGUAUUUAGCCUCUACCUGUUCCUGGUCUUCUUCGUCGGUAUCUACAUCGGACCCAUCUUUGACCGCCACGGGCCGAGCUGGCUGGUCCCCACCGGCAGCCUGCUCAUGGUUCUCAGCCUGAUGCUGCUGGGUUUCUGUACGAAAUACUACCAAAUCCUGCUCACAUACUCUGCCAUGGGCGGCCUGGGUGGUGCCCUGCUCAACUCACCAGCUUAUGCCACCAUCGCUCACCACUUCAACACGCGCCGUGGUUUUGCCACAGGCAUCGCCAGCACUGCAGGCGGAAUCGGAGGCAUCAUCUUCCCCAUCAUGCUGCAGAACCUCCUGCCUGUACUUGGUUUUGCCUGGAGCACACGCAUCCUCGGCUUCAUCAUGCUGGCCCUCGCCGUGCCCUACAAUCUGUGGAUCAAGGCACGCCUUCCCCCUCGUAAGGACACCGCCACCGGGAUCCCCCCAGGCGGCGGCUGGCGCGGCUAUCUCGCCAGGUUCAUCAGCUUCCAGCCCAAGUUUGGCGUGUUCCGCAACCCGAGGUUCGCCCUGGCCGCCAUAGGCAUCUUCUUCAUGGAGUGGGGCCUCUUUGUGCCUCUCACCUUCAUUGUCUCCUUCGCCGCCGAGCACGGCCAGAGCGCCACCAAAUCCUACAUCCUCCUCUCCUACCUUAACGCGGGCUCCGUCAUCGGCCGCUUCCUGCCCGGCGCCCUCGCAGACCGCUUCGGUCGCUUCAACAUCAUCAUCGUGACCAUCGCCCUGUGCUGCGCCACCGUCCUCGGGCUCUGGCUGCCCGCCGGCGACUCCGAGGCUAUGAUCAUCGCCUUCGCUGUGCUGUUCGGCUUCGCCAGCGGGAGCAAUCUCGGCCUCAUCCCCGUGUGCCUUGGCCAGCUGUGCGACUCGCGCGACUACGGUCGCUACAUCACCACCGCCAACUUCCUCGCCAGCUUCGGCACCCUGAGCAGCACCCCGAUCGGCGGUGCCCUGCUUGGCAUCAGCGGCGACAAGGGCUGGACGGCCUUGGUUCUCUUCUCCGGCCUGUCUUAUGCCAUCGCUCUCGUCUGCUACGUGUCGGCGAGGGUGCUGGCUGUUGGCUGGAGCCCCAAGAUCAUCUACUGA